AUGGCGGGCCAGCUGAGCUGCAUUUCCUUCCCACCUAAGGAAGAGAAGUACCUCCAGCAGAUUGUGGACUGCCUCCCCUGCAUCUUGAUCCUCGGCCAGGAUUGUAAUGUCAAGUGCCAGCUAUUGAACCUGCUGUUGGGGGUGCAGGUGCUUCCUACCACCAAGCUGGGCAGUGAGGAGAGCUGUAAGCUUCGGCGCCUCCGCUUCACCUACGGGACUCAGACUCGGGUCAGCCACACCCCCGUUGCUCACCAGGGCGCCUGGGAGACCAUCCCUGAGGAGGACCUGGAGGUUCAAGAGGACAGUGAGGAUGCUGCCCAUGUGUUAGCCGAACUGGAGGUGACGAUGCAGCACGCUCUCUUACAGGAAGUGGACAUUGUGGUGGCACCGUGCCAAGGCCUCCGGCCCCCAGUGGAUGUUCUGGGUGACUUGGUGAAUGAUUUUUUGCCGGUGAUAACCUAUGCAUUCCACAAAGAUGAACUCUCCGAGCGGGAUGAGCAAGAGCUUCGGGAAAUCCGAAAGUAUUUCUCUUUUCCCAUAUUCUUUUUCAAAGUACCGAAGCUGGGCUCAGAGAUAAUCGACUCCCCCACUAGAAGAAUGGAGAAUGAACGAUCACCACUUCAUCGCCAGCUCAUUGACCUGGGCUAUCUGAGCAUCAGUCACUGUAGCUGGGGGGCCGCUGGCCAGGACACCAAAGCUCAGAGCAUGUUGGUGGAACAAAGUGAGAAGCUGAGGCACUUGAGCACAUUUUCUCACCAGAUGCUACAGGCUCGCCUGGUCGACGCAGCCAAGGCCCUGAACCUGGUGCACUGCUGCUGCCUUGACAUCUUCAUUAACCAGGCCUUUGACAUGCAGCGGGACCUUCAGAUUACUCCCAAACGUCUGGAAUAUACGCGAAAAAUGGAAAAUGAGUUGUAUGAAUCAUUGAUGAGUAUUGCCAACCGAAAGCAGGAGGAAAUGAAGGACAUGAUUGUUGAGACGCUUAACACCAUGAAGGAGGAACUUCUGGAUGAAGCUGCCAACAUGGAGUUUAAAGAUGUCAUUGUUCCUGAGAAUGGGGAACCAGUGGGCACCAGAGAGAUCAAAUGCUGCAUUCGACAGAUCCAGGAACUCAUCAUCUCCCGGCUGAAUCAGGCAGUGGCUAAUAAGCUGAUCAGCUCGGUGGAUUAUCUACGUGAGAGCUUCGUUGGAACCCUAGAACGGUGUCUGCAGAGCCUAGAGAAGUCUCAGGAUAUCUCAGUUCACAUCACCAGUAAUAAUCUCAAACAGAUCUUAAAUGCUGCCUAUCAUGUGGAAGUCACGUUUCACUCAGGUUCCUCGGUGACAAGGAUGCUGUGGGAGCAAAUCAAACAGAUCAUCCAGCGCAUCACGUGGGUGAGCCCACCUGCCAUCACAAUAGAAUGGAAGAGGAAGGUGGCCCAGGAAGCCAUUGAGAGCCUCAGUGCCUCCAAGUUGGCCAAAAGCAUUUGCAGCCAGUUCCGGACCCGGCUCAAUAGUUCUCAUGAGGCUUUUGCAGCCUCCUUAAGGCAGCUGGAAGCUGGCCACUCAGGCCGGUUGGAGAAAACUGAGGAUCUGUGGCUGAAGGUUCGGAAAGAUCAUGCCCCCCGCCUGGCGCGCCUUUCUCUGGAGAGCCGUUCUUUACAGGAUGUCUUGCUGCAUCAUAAACCUAAACUGGGACAGGAACUGGGCCGAGGCCAGUAUGGUGUGGUGUACCUCUGUGACAACUGGGGUGGGCACUUCCCUUGUGCCCUCAAGUCGGUGGUUCCUCCCGAUGAGAAGCACUGGAAUGACCUGGCCCUGGAGUUUCACUACAUGAGGUCUCUGCCGAAGCAUGAGCGGUUGGUGGACCUCCAUGGUUCUGUCAUCGACUACAACUAUGGUGGUGGCUCCAGCAUUGCCGUGCUGCUCAUUAUGGAGCGGCUCCACCGGGACCUCUACACUGGGCUGAAGGCUGGGCUGACCUUGAAGACACGUUUGCAGAUAGCACUAGAUGUGGUGGAAGGAAUCCGCUUCCUGCACAGCCAGGGACUCGUCCACCGUGAUAUCAAACUGAAAAAUGUGCUGUUGGACAAGCAGAACCGAGCCAAGAUCACUGACUUAGGAUUCUGCAAGCCAGAGGCCAUGAUGUCAGGCAGCAUUGUGGGGACGCCAAUCCAUAUGGCCCCUGAACUUUUCACAGGGAAGUAUGAUAAUUCCGUGGAUGUCUACGCUUUUGGCAUUCUUUUCUGGUAUAUCUGCUCAGGCUCUGUCAAGCUCCCUGAGGCAUUUGAGAGGUGUGCCAGCAAAGACCAUCUCUGGAACAAUGUGCGGAGAGGGGCCCGCCCCGAACGCCUUCCUGUGUUUGAUGAGGAGUGCUGGCAGCUGAUGGAAGCAUGUUGGGACGGCGACCCCUCUCAGAGACCUCUCUUGGGCAUUGUCCAGCCCAUGCUCCAGGGCAUCAUGGACCGGCUAUGCAAGUCAAAUUCUGAACAGCCAAACAGAGGGCUAGAUGAUUCUACUUGA